CAGUUAUGAAGGCAAUUCAUAUACCUUUUCUGAUACUCAAUACAACAGCGAUUUCGAUAUCCAUAGACUGCCUACACUUCCCACUGUUACUUCCUAGUUCGCACUGAGUGCCUCAAAUGCCUCCCAAACGACGCACCCCCACCGGCGGAUGCUUUCCGUGCAGGAUAAACAGAAGACUGUGCCCAAUGGCCGCGCAGGAUGGAGGGUCGUGUAGCAAUUGUCUCGUGCAAGGCUGGAAAUGUCAAGGAUACGGCAAGAGAGUGCCAGGAUGGACGAAGAACCAAGCGUUCAUCACUUGGGUCAGGACAGCGCUGAUGAACCAGAUUGACCCGCCACCUGCGCGUACCCGAACCAGCGGCAUGGUAGCCGGUACGGGCGCCUCGCAUACGUCCUUCUUAGACCCUGAGUCUGUCUCGUCCCUGCAACCGCUGCGGUCCGCCCUUCCACCUGGUCCCUCUGAGAACGACUCACGUACGGCGUUUACGCCUGGCGUUGUCCAGUUCUUUGGGCAACCAGACAGCCCAAUCGCGACCUGCUCAGUCACUCAUUCAGUCCUCGGACCAAAUCCUGGCUCUAUCGCAUCGUACUCCAACUUCGAAGCCUCUUCCAUCCCAGAUGUUCCCCGUAUCAACGAAGGCUCUAGUGGGCAUCACCACCAGGUCACAUCUGUUAGCAACCCACCGCUCUCAUUCCUCCCUGUGGGGCGGGCUCCGGGAGACGCCCUUCUUUACAGCCCGCAACCAGCUGGCGUCCCGCUCGCACAUAAUCAAGACUUCUUUCGCCCGCUGACGACCCCUUCCAGCAGCUGGCAGGGCUCAUUUCCCAUUGCUCGUUAGACUCUGGUUGAAGAUCCCGCCCUCCGCCACCACAUCCUCCAAUCCCUCUCCAUCCUUGGAUCUCCGCGUCAGCCUACGACGGAACAGAUUACGUCAGCGAUCCUACUUCUGCGACAAAUGUGCUGGGACCUUGG